AUGACGACCAUCGUGAACAUCCUCCUGACUCUGAGAUCCUUUCAGAUGGGGACAAACGACGGCAUUAAUAUGAAUGUAGUUGCUCCAAAACUCGUUUUAGACAGAAAAUAUCAAGAGGUUUUCUUUACUAACAAACCGGCAAUGUGCACGGUGAAAUGCCCGAUGUUUCGCAACGUAACGCUAAAAUACAAAAUACAGCCUCGCGAUGGGGCAGCUGAUGUCAGCUACAACGUUCUAUGCAGAGGCUGCAACUCAUCGUUUGGCGGCAUCAAAGACCAUUUUCAAACUCAAGUAAUCUUCUGUCAGGGGGGCCUUGUUGACAAUAAGUUGUACGAGAUCGAGGUCGCCACCGAGGAUGGGCACAAAGGGUACUCCACAAUUGCGGUCAUGACUGAGAUCAUGGAAAGUUUUUCCGGAAGUAUUGAGGUACCCGCCGGACCAGGCUACAUCCGUUUUGACAAAAUCAGCUCAAACAUGAUGCUUUCAUAUAACGAAACACAAGGGUUAUUUAAACCCAAAAGAGAGGCCUACUACACCUUCUACAUGACUGCUCGGACCAAGACCGAUCGAUACACCAGAAUGGAGCUCAGGAAAAAUGGCGUCGCUGUAGCCUCCAUUACAAACGAUGUCCUAGUCGAGCAUGGAUGGGAAUUUGAGGACGGCGCCACUGCCAUUGUGUUAAAGCUGAAGUUUGGGGACGAAAUUAGCGUAUACUCGAAUGGAACUCUUCAGAGUGGCUCUUCAUUGUCUUGUUUUUCUCUGCGAACGCUGAUGGACGGACCCCCUGUCAUAUUAUACGCCACAGUCCAGGACAACAAAGUCCUCCCUCACGGUAGUUAUCAGCCCUUGUCAUACGACCACGUCCAUUUAGACACGGCUGGGGCUUUCGUGGGUAAAACGAACUACACCAUCCCUAGCGACGGCAUCUACGUGGUUACACUGACGUCAGCAACCCAUAAUGACCCCGUGCAUGCCUCUUUCAUCAACUUGAAGUUUAAAAUCUUGCGGUAUACGACAGUAAAAACACCCGCUCGGAGCACCAACUCCUAUACAUUUAUUAUGAGGUUCAAUGAGAGUGAAGUCAUCUCCAACACAUUUUACGCUGAAAACGAGACUCAUCUGUCGAGUGAGACCUCCAUUGCUGUGUUCAAGUACUUCAGCAUUGACGAACCAGACAUAACAGCAGUCACAGUGCAACAGUACCAGACACGAAAAGACUGCGCCGACUUCUGCAACCUGCUCGUCGGAGGAAAAGUCUUUCUUGACAUCGAUUCCAGUUUCAACGCCACAACUGGAAUUUUCACGGCCAAACGCUCUGAUACCUACGUCAUUUCCGCUAAUCUCCUCGGAAUGCAAGUGGACACCACGUAUCAGAUUGUCGUAAACGGGGAUGUUGUUGACACGUUGCUUAGCGACGGGCCGGACAAUGACUUCUUCAUUAACGAUAGUAAAGUCGUGAUGGUCAAGAGGCUUUGGCAGGGAGACAAGGUUGAGUUCCGAAUGAAAGGGAGGAGUUUCUUCCACACCCUCAUCUCUAUAUGGACUCUCACCGCCUGAGAGGAAUGUAGGGGUGUUACGUCAGACUGACCAACAGUGACCUUGUAAUU